UAGAAAUAUCUUUAUAACGUUCGUGUUAACAUACGCGGAAAGUUAAUUGUAACAAGAAAGCGCUUAGUUGGAAUUGAAAUAAAAGAUUAAGAGGGAAACAACAACACGAUAUACAUAUUUUUUGACUGUCACUAAUUAUCAUGGCAUAUGCAAAAGGACCUGAACAAAUAUCAAAUGAACAGCAGCGAAGUCAUGUUAUAAGUCAACAGAAAGAAAUUGAUUCCAAAAUACAAUCCUUGAUAAUGGACAGGAUUGCAAUUGGAAAUAGUUUGAAAAACUUUCCAGCACUUCACAUUGGCAAUCUCGACGAUUAUGAUGGCCGUUCAGCAUUGGAAUUGAGUGCAAGUACAUUAACAGAAAUAUUGCUUUCCCAAAUUAAUGCGUUGAUGACUGAAAAAUCACAGCAAAAAACUGAACUCGACGAAGCAAAUCAGAAAGAAAGAGAACAUCAAGACGAAAUUGAGACAUUAAAAGAACAAAUAAAAGAUUACAAAGACAAAGUCGAUAAAUUGGAACGUAUUCUUGAACAAAAAGGGUUGUGUAACUGGAACUGUGUGCUGCGCUGUCUUGCCUCAACAUAUAAUUCGAUAUAUAAUGAAAAACUUUGUGACAGACAGUUGCAAUUGAUUGUUGCCUGCCAUUAUUUCAGAAAAAAGAACACUGAAGAUCCCCAAAUUUACUCAAAUCAUGAAUGCUGGCCAAUAAUUGAAGUGUUUUUACUUACUGAACUACGAUGUGAGAAUUUAUUGGAAAUAUUAAAAGUAUUGGAAUUAGUAAAAAAAAAGGGGGAAUUUGAAUUUGAACAGACGUCAAAGGAAGAAAGAACAAAGGCAUGGAAGUAUAUAACCAAAGAGGACAAAACCGAAAUACUGUGGCUUGCAUUUGUAAAACAGCCUGUGGGUCAUUGUGUAAUUAGAAGACUAAAGCAAACUGACUCAACUCGAGUAUGGAUUGAAGACCCCCAGAGUGGCGAAGAAAAAUCCAAAAAUGAGGAAGAUUUCAUUGCUUAUACAUACGAUUAUAAAUGCUUAGAAGUUUAUCAAUUCAACAAGAAAAAGUGGGACGAAAUUGCUCGACUUAACAUUGACAUUCUAGGUUUUUUUUCUCUUAUUCAUAAGAAAACUUCUUCAACACGUGAUAACUUUUUAAAUCGUCUACAUUUUUAUCAUCUUAUUCAAAUGAAGUUAAAAGAGAACAAUCAAUUGGAAAGUGUUCGAAAUUAUAUUGAAAAACUACAAUUUUCUGAUAUUCACGCCUUAUCGGACAGAGAGGCAGAGGAAAUUGCUCAAACUUUUAUAAAAAACUUUUCUUUUUAUCGUCCCAUUGGAAUGGACCGGAGAAGUUGCACUAAAGUGGGACCCGAAAAAACUUCUACUGAAGAUCCAGAUACUUUUAUUGAAGAGAGCUCGAAAGAAAUUAUUCCAAUGGAAAUCCAAUAAAAUCAGAAUCAUGAUUGGUGGAAAGAACAAGCCCCGAAUUCACUAAAUAAUACAGAAUAACAAAUAAUCGUUUUGCACUCGAAGCUAAGACCAUUAUCUAAUUAAUUGUAAUCUACGUAAAUUACCUGUAACUUGAACGAAUAAUAAAUCUAUUGCAGGAUUGUCUUCACAGUUUAA